UCUCAUCGUCACUUCGCUCUCGAAUCUCGAAGAAGCUGCUAGACGAGUAUCAAGUCGUUAAUUCGUACUGAACAAAUCCGGAAACAUGAAGACUACACUAAUCGUUUUGGUCGUCGUGUUGGCUACCACUUUCGCUUAUCCUGCAUACCCUGGCUACUCUGACUAUCCUGGCUACCCUGACGUUGGAGAGCAAGUUCCAGAUGUUCCAGACGUCCCACUAUCGAGAAAUGUUAGAGAGGCAAAUCCAGAUCCCAGCCAUUUCGGUUACGGUGGACUCGGCGGAUUCGGUGGAUUCGGUGGACACGGUAGAUUCGGUGGAUACGGUGGAUACGGUGGAUACGGUGGACACGGUGGAUACGGUGGACACGGUGGAUACGGUGGAUACGGAGGCUAUCCCUAUGGAGGGGGCAGUUCUUCGUCUGCUCACGCCGGAUCCAUCAGCUCCCCAUUCGGAAGCGCAUCUUUCGCGAGCGCAAAGGCCGGAAGCUACGGAUAUGGGCGAUGAGGAAUUCGACCGCUCAAAAAUAAAUACUGGAUAACGACCUAGCCUAUGAUGCUCAAUUUUGUACGAUAUCUGAACGUUUGACUUAGCAUUUUGUAAAAUAAACUUUUGUACAUUAGACUGGA